AUGGCUCAAAUCAAGACGCAGUCAGCGCUGAUCAUAACUGGCCCGGGCGCAGCCGAAGUGAUGCAUGACCUAACAAUUCCAUCCCCUGACUAUCGCCAAGUUCUUGUGAAAACACACGCCGUGGGACUGAAUACGCCAGAUGUCCUAGCCCUUGAUCAUUUGGGGCGGUCCGGCGCGGGCUUCGGGUUUGACUUUGCUGGAGAAGUCGUGGAGUUAGGCGAAGCUCUUUCAGAAAGCUGCAAUAUUGGCGAUCGAGUAGCAGGAUUCGUGCAUGGCUGCCAUGCAGCCAACUACAGUGCUGGUGCAUUUCGCGAAUUCAUCUUGGCUGAUGCCGAUCUAUUGAUUCGGAUACCCGAUAGAUUGAAAUAUGUCAAUGCCUCAGCCUUGGGAAUGGGCGUGAGCACAGCGGCGCAGGCACUAUACCAAUCUUUGCAUUUGCCUCUCCCAACAAAUACGCCAAUCGCAGGGCUUAAAAGGCCCCUGGGGACAUCCGACGCGUCUCAGAUAUUGAUUUACGGAGCCAGCACAGCAACCGGGGCUAUUGCUGUGCAGCUGGCCAGAUUAUCAGGACUGAGAGUAAUUGCGACAUGCUCUCAAGAUAAUAUCCCAUGGAUUAAAUCCCUCGGGGCUGAUGAGGUCGUUGAUUACAGAGAUCCACAAGGCACACAAAAGAUACGUGCAUUGGGUCGCCAAGAUGGAAUAUCGAAUGUUCUGGAUUGUGUCGCGAAACCCCAGACGGCACAAUUCUGCUACCAGUGCUUUACCGAGGCGGAAAAUCUCACAAGGCAGCCCGUGCAGUACAUCUAUGCAGCCCUGAUGCCGAUGGAAGACUCGGACUUACCAGGGCCACCGAAACAAAUUUCGCCAUCGGCAAGACUCAUAAAUAGGUGGAACAUGGUAUACACAUGCUUUGGACGCAGAUUCACGAUAAUUAACGAACAAGUCAAAAUCAAGCGGACGUGGGAGCCAUCGAAGACCGACCGAGAGUUCAUGGCUUCUUUUUAUAAAUUGAUUGAAAAACAUCUUCAAAGUGGAAAGCUGCAACCCAUCCCAGUCGAAGUUAGGGAAGGAGGGUUGGCAAGUAUUUUGGAUGGUGUCGCGGCACUUCGACAAGGUCGUGUUCAUGGGAAGAAGCUGGUUUAUACGCUUUGA